GCGGGGCCUCCGCCAGCUGGCAGAUGUUUCCCGCGCGGCCGUGGCGCACGUCUAGCGUAAGCUACACGGAGGAAAACUAGUCCGUCGCUUCGCUCGAGUUAUUUCGCAUGCCGGUCGGUGGAUAUUUCGUGUGUAAGAGUUAGUGGACGAUGACUUUCGUCGCAGUUUGUUUUAUUUCGCCCUAAUUCGAGUCCGCGGUUCGUCCCGUUUUCUCAGUCGCACCAAUUUUUAUCACCCGAUAUCGGAGGUGCGUAAUAAAACUCGGCGGUGGGUUAGGGUAGCCGGCGGCGGAGUGAUCCCUGGUGAUCCACGGUGCGUCGUCGUAGGGGCCCUCAGCUGUUUCCCGCCAAAGAUCGCCAUUACAAAACGCGAUCGGGCGUUGUGUGUGCGCCGCGGUGUGGCUGCCCCGUGGACGGACGAAAACCGACGUGCGUUUAAUAUACGAUAUACGUGAUAAAUGGUACGCAAUAACGUCGUAUAAAUAUCCUGUGCGAGUUUCAAGUGUGUGUUGUUGCUGUUGUUGUUGUUGUUGUUUUUGUUGUUAUUAUUAUUAUCAUUAUUAUUAUUAUUCUAACCAUCCAAAACGGAGGUGUGCUACUGUAUUUUCAUAUUCUCUGUGACCCGUGGGACGUGAAAAUACGCGGUUUACCAAAGUGGCGUAGAUCGACGAAUUAUGUCAGUGUUUAGUAAUAGUGACGACAGAAUUCUCCUCGAGGAAAUCGUUGAAGCGGUGGACGAACAGGAAGCCGAACUCUGCAGCAGCAGCGAGGGGGCGGACGAGGGUUCGGUAGCGACGAACGUGAUUGUCGGGGAUCAUCACGAACUUCAGGAAUCUAACGACGGACAGGUUGGAAACAAUCUAAACGGUCACAACGGAAACGGCGUCGCGGGUCGGACUACGCCAAGAAGCCACAUGGAGCAAGAGAAGAGAAUGAGGCGUGAAAUCGCCAACAGCAACGAGCGACGACGAAUGCAGAGUAUCAACGCCGGCUUUCAAUCCCUCAGGACGCUUCUUCCCCAUCACGAAGGCGAGAAAUUGUCCAAGGCGGCGAUACUGCAGCAAACGGCCGAAUACAUUUAUCAGUUGGAGCAAGAGAAGACGCAGCUGUUAUCACAAAAUUGUCAACUCAAGCGAUUGGUCAACCAGCACGAAGGUGGCGAUGUACCAAUCAAAAAGCGCAAGGCUGACAACCAAGUCGUUGUUAGCUUGCCAAUGCACGUUAACGAGAGCGGGGACGAAGGAUUAGGGAGCAUGUCCCCUGAGCCAUUAUCUGUUAUUACCGUCUCUGCGGAUGCACAUUCGGUAUCGAGCAGCGACGUUUCUGAGCUGAGACGACAGUUGGAAAGAGAACGUCGUGCGAGGGUACGCGUCGAGGAACAGAUGAGAGCUCUUCAAAGUCAAAUUUAUCCCGAAAGAUUUAGGGAUAAUCAACUGAUCGCUUAUCAACCACACGAGGUGAUCGAGCAUACCGACAACGUGAUGGCCCAGGAAACUGAAGAAGCAGUUGCCUCGUUACAAGUUGUAUCUGUGGUCGCUCUACCUCCCGUAGGUUCGACGCAAACCGUCGAAACGACAACUCCAGAUCCCAGUCCAUCCCCAUCCCCACUUCCAGAAAUGGUACCAGAUGAAAUAAAAGAAGAAGUAUCUCGCCCCAGCACUCCUAAGAUUAGUAGUUUUUCUCAGAAUCAAGGGUUUUCCACGCCUACCAAACAAAAACUUGGAUCGUUCUCACCAACACAUGUGACGUACACGACGGCUCCAAUUGAGUUCAAAAACGUUCCUUCUCAGUUUAUACCCACAAGUCCGAGAAGACCAUUUUCCCCACCUGUAGAACCGCAGCGAUUACCCAGUGUCCUCGAAGCUGCUAUGAAAGCAGAGCCCAAAGUUGAGGUUGAAAGGUUGCCCUCGCCAGCAAACUCGUUGGACGAUGGUACGCCACAAGCAAGGCUAUAUCUUGCUAAUACAUCACGCCAAAACCUGGAAACCAUCGUCGAAGCGAUACGCCACUUAGAAGGUGAUCACCUGUUCAGCGAUGAACCAGCACAGGAUGUACCAUUAGCUCUUACAAACAAACCAACUGUGGCACCAGCGACAACGACCAAACGAUUGCUACAUGCAGAAAUGAACAACUUCCUUCAGUUUCAUUCUCAACAGCAAGCCCAGCAACGACCUGGUGUUAUCGUUGUCAAACAUUCGUGAUCGUCCAUCACGCCACGCUCAAAACAUUAAUACCUACGAUCCCAGUACAUUGACUUUAUUUAAAAAUUUGCGGAUAACUUCUUCAAUAUUUUGUUGCAAAUUCUUUCCUUUUUUUUUUAUCAUUUACUCGACUCUUUAAUACGCAAUUUUCAACGGCCUUCUGUUUGUAGUCAAGUUUAUUCUGUUUUCCAAUCCAAAUCAUGUAACAAAGAUUCAAUGGGAAUCUAAUUCCUAGAAUUCUUAAUUUCUGCGUGAAAGGGGCAUUUCAGACAAAACUUUUGUUACUUUGCGAUAGCGAUAGAUUCGCCAAGCGAAUUGAUAAAUUAUGACUCGUGAACAAGUCUUUAAACUGCUUACAGUAUUGCAAGUAUAUCAUAGAUUUGCGAGUGCGUUGGAUGUGGGUCAAAGUUUAUUAAUUUGAUCACAUAAGUACACCUGAAUUUCCUGACCAAGUUCAAAUAAUUACUAUUAUAUAAGAAUGGUCGCUCAAAGAAUUUCUAGAUUCUUUGAAAAGUGGUCCAAAUACUGCAAUUCGAUGUUUCAUAUACAAUUGUUGAAAAAUGUGAAAUUUUCACGGCUACAUUUUAUACGACUAGGAAACUGAAUGAUAGCUGUUAAAUUAUAGUGUGAAUCAGAAACCAGACACAAAAUUUAAUCAAUCUUACGUGAUCUUGAAUUCAGUUUUCACUGCCCAUUGAACAAUGUUUGAAUGAGAUGAGACAUCGAUGUUAUAAUUGAUGUCAAGUAUUCACUGUGAGUCACACAUUAUUGUUUUUUCUGAGUUGAACACAUCCAUUGAAAAUUUCAAUGUUCAACUAAAGUCGAUGUGCACUAUACGACACUAAUCUUCGAAAUUCUGCUACUACACUGCAAUCUUCGUAAACGUUUCUUAAAAAAGUUUAUCCAGACGCAACACUUGACCAUUUCAGAUAAUUAUUAUCCUUUCGUUAUUUGUUUUGACACAUAGAAGGUUGAUUAUUGCAAUUACGGAGUCAAAGUAAAUCGUUUCGUAUUUAUUACCACUAUAUGUACACCCAUAAAAAAUCGUACAUAAUCGAACUUUCUUGUAAAUACAUCCGAUUUUUCUAUAUAUUCUAUUAAUUAACAAAGAACACUCUCCUGUUCUGAAUCUCGCUCGAUGGACAAUUGUUUUUAUGUUUUCACAGAUCGAGUAAGUGUUUUUCUUCAGUAAGGUAGUCUUAAGAUUAAUAUUAUUAUAACAAUAAUAUUCCUAAUUCUUAAAAGUACGCUGUAUUAUAAGAUUUACGUUUUUUUACGUUGUUACAGAAAACUGAUGAUAAAAAAUACGUUUCUCAAUGUUUUUAGUCAUUGUUGAAAACCACAAAAAAAAUAAUAACAAUUUAAAAAAAUCAAAAUAUUCAUACUUAAUAUUUGACACACAUUAAGAUGUAAUAAAAGUAUGUAGUGCAUAUAAACGAUUGCGAUUCGUUUUUCUCGCAUUCGAUUUCGCACCGCUAUGAAAUUUCAUUGAAUUUUGUUUAAUCUGUGCCAAAUAUCGAGUACCGAGACUUUUGUUCCUUUGUAAACAUAUAGCUCUAGAGUUAGAAUGACAGAGUCAGUCAGUGAUUGGAAGCACUGCUAUGAUAUUAAUUCUACCUCGUAACAUGUAGACACAGGUAGGAUUACACCUAUCCAGAUAUGUUUCGAAUAUGACACACCGAUAAAUGAUUUAUUUUCAAAAAAUAUUCUUGUUCAAACCAGUUCGUUGAAAUAUCAAUCGGAAAACGGUGCACCACCUUAGUUUCUUGCAAACUUUACGCCCUCUGAAAAAGUUCAGAAUAUCCAUAGACUGACUGACUGACCAAUGGGAGGCCUGGUAUGUAAAUUUUUUUUGUUUUGUGUCUCUCUGUUAUGUUACUUUUAUAUUAUGAAUUAAUAAUUAUUCAUACCCAAUUAUGAUGGAUAUUUGCAGUUAUCAUCAUCAUCAUUAUUACUAUUAUUAUCAUUAUUAUUAUUGCUAUUAUUUUCAUUUUUAUUAUCAUUAUUAUUAUUAUUUUCUACAACGGAUAUUGAGUAAUGAACGAUAUGAUCAAUAAUAUUAAGAAUAGUAUAUGAAAAUAAUAUCUACAAUAUGAUAAACAGAACUAAGAAUAAGUAAUCGAGUAACUUUUUAGGCAAGUAGGUCAGUAGGAAUUGUUUAAUUCAUACACGGUAAAAAUCUGAUGAUACCAUCAUCGUUACGAGCAGAUGGAAUAAUUACAGUUAUUAAAAAAAUGAUUAAUAUUACGUAUUAAUAUUAAAUGUGACACUACUCUGUAACUGUAUUGUACUGUAUGUAUAUAAAUUAGCAAUGUUGUAUACGUGACACGCGUGAUCCUAGGUACUACGAUACUCUAAGAAGAGUAAUAUAACUAUGUUGUAUUGCAUGAGUUAUUCAAUACGUAGCAUUAGUGGUUACUACAAGUGAAAUAAAAGAAUGGGCCUGA